AUGUCACUUGCACACACAGCUGCAGAGUACAUGCUGUCAGAUGCCCUGCUGCCCGACCGCAGGGGCCCUCGCCUCAAAGGACUGCACCUAGAACUACCCCUGGAUCGCAUGGUCAAGUUCAUAGCCGUGGGCUUCCCCCUGUUGCUGAUGUCCCUGGCAUUUGCCCAGGAGUUCUCCUCCGGGUCUCCCAUCAGCUGCUUCUCUCCCAGUAACUUCAGUGUUCGGCAGGCGGCCUACGUGGACAGUUCCUGUUGGGACUCACUGGUUCACCAUGAACAGGGUGAGCCUGGGCAGCACAAGCUGAAAUCUCUCUGGCCUCAUAAGGCCCUCCCCUACUCCCUGCUGGCCCUAGCCAUGGUCAUGUACCUGCCAGUUCUGCUGUGGCAGUAUGCAGCCGUGCCGGCCCUCAGCUCAGACCUGCUGUUCAUCAUCAGCGAACUGGACAAAUCCUACAACCGCUCCAUCCGCCUGGUGCAGCACAUGCUGAAGAUCCAGCAGAAGAGCUCGGACCCUGAUGAUUUCUGGGAUGAUCUGGAAAAGGCUCGGAAAGAACGAUACUUUGAAUUCCCCUUGCUUGAGUGGUACCUGGCAUGUAAGCAGCGCUCACAUUCACUAGUAGCUACCUACCUCCUGAGGAACUCCCUCUUGCUCCUCUUCACCUCGGCCACCUACCUGUACCUUGGCCACUUCCACCUGGAUGUCUUCUUCCUAAAGGAAUUCAGUUGUUCUGUCAAGACAGGGCUGCUAAGUAAUGAGACCCACAUCCCUGAUCUCAUCACAUGCAGGCUGACAUCCCUGUCUGUUUUCCAGAUUGUUAGUCUCUCCACUAUAGCAGUAUACACCCUGCUGGUUCCAGUGAUAAUCUACAACCUCACGCGGCUAUGUCGGUGGGACAAGCGACUCCUAUCCAUCUAUGAGAUGCUCCCAGCAUUUGACCUCCUCAGCAGAAAGAUGCUGGGGUGCCCCAUCAAUGACCUCAAUGUGAUCCUUCUUUUCCUCCGAGCCAACAUCUCUGAGCUCAUCUCUUUUAGCUGGCUGAAUGUUUUAUGUGUGUUGAAGGACACAAGCACCCAGAAGCACAACAUUGACACUGUGAUCGAUUUCAUGACUGUACUAGCUGGCUUAGAACCUGCAAAACCUAAACACCUCACUCAUCAGGUAUCUGAUGAAAACCCAUAG